GACAAACACAAUAAGGAAGCACAUUUCAUGAAAAGAUCAAUAUAUUCUAUAGACCAGACCGGCGAAUCCGGGUACUCUGAAGUACACGCCCCUUUUCAGGGAUUGGUAAGAAGAUGGAUGCAUUGAGUAAGUCCACAGCUGAAAAAGAAAAGGACCAGACUGCCUCAAAUUUGCAAAACAACAAAAAUAUUGAUCGAAGUGUCAGUAUUAAAAAUGAUAGUGCUGGUAAAAUAAUGAUCAAAAUUGCACAGGAGAUGGAUAUACAGGACACAAAUGGUACCACAAGCUUCCAUGGUAUCAGGAAAGACGUGAGUGCAGAAGAGUUGCUUGAAUCUAAAAUCAUUGAUCAGAAACAGUAUGAAGAUCUCAGGACUGGACAAGAUACGAUCCAACGUGUCAGUCAAAUUGAGUCAGUUCAUACGUACCUACAGGGAACAAAUAGCAUUGCAGGUGUAUUUCUGCAGUCCAGCAAACAGGUCCUGAGCAUCUGUGAAGCAAAACAUAAAGGUGUCCUGACUCCAGGGACUGCUCUUGUGUUGCUGGAGGCACAGGCUGCCACUGGGUUUAUGAUUGACCCAGUGAAGAACAGGAAGCUGUCUGUGGAAGAGGCAGUGACCAGCGGUGUGGUUGGUGCCGAUUUGAAGCAGAAACUUCUGACGGCGGAAAGGGCGGUCACAGGGUACACUGACCCCAACACAGGUGACACCAUCUCCUUGUUCCAGGCCUUACAGAAGGAGCUAAUUGUAAAGGAUCAUGGCAUUCGCCUUCUGGAAGCACAGAUUGCCACAGGAGGAAUCAUUGAUCCGGUAUACAGCCAUCGUGUGCCUGUGGAAGUUGCCUACCAGCGAGGAUACUUUGAUGAGAAAAUGAAUCAGAUUCUCUUAGAUCCCAGCGAUGACACCAAAGGCUUCUUUGACCCCAACACUCAGGAGAACCUUACCUACUUGCAACUUGUGGAGAGAUGUGUGACAGACCCUGUAACUGGUCUUAGUUUACUGGUUAUUGCCCAAAAAGGAGAAGACUAUGUAUUUUCUGAUGAAAAAACAAAACAUGUUCUAAAAUUAACCAUCGCAAUUAAAACAGAAGGAAAGACAAAUGGUCAAGAGCUGUCUGCCUGGGAACUCCUGUAUUCCAAGCACAUCACUGAGGAAAAAAGGAGGGAGCUAGUACAUCAGUAUUCCUCUGGAGAAAUCACAAUGGAGCAGCUUAUGAAGAUCAUAGUCACAAUUACAGAGGAUAAGACUUCCAGUCAAAAUACAGCUUUUAUGCAGACAAAUGGUACCACAAGCUUCCAUGGUAUCAGGAAAGACGUGAGUGCUGAAGAGUUGCUUGAGUCUAAAAUCAUUGAUCAGAAACAGUAUGAAGAUAUCAUGAAUAGAAAAGAUACAAUCCAACGAGUCAGUGAAAUUGAGUCAGUUCAUACAUACCUACAGGGAACAAAUAGCAUUGCAGGUGUAUUUCUGCAGUCCAGCAAGCAGGUCCUGAGCAUCUGUGAAGCAAAACGUAAAGGUCUCCUGACUCCAGGGACUGCUCUUGUGUUGCUGGAGGCACAGGCUGCCACUGGGUUUAUGAUCGACCCAGUACAGAACAGGAAGCUGUCUGUGGAAGAGGCAGUGACCAGCGGUGUGGUUGGUGCGGAGUUGAAGCAGAAACUGCUGUCGGCGGAAAAUGCAGUCACAGGUUACACUGACCCCAAAACAGGUGACAUCAUCUCCUUGUUCCAGGCCUUACAGAAGGAGCUAAUUGUAAAGGAUCAUGGCAUUCGCCUUCUGGAAGCACAGAUUGCCACAGGAGGAAUCAUUGAUCCGGUAUUCAGCCAUCGCGUGCCUGUGGAAGUUGCCUACCAGCGAGGAUACUUUGAUGAGAAAAUGAAUCAGAUUCUCUUAGAUCCCAGCGAUGACACCAAAGGCUUCUUUGACCCCAACACUCAGGAGAACCUUACCUACUUGCAACUUGUGGAGAGAUGUGUGACAGACCCUGUAACUGGUCUUAGUUUACUGGUUAUUGCCCAAAAGGGAGAAGACUACUUAUUUUUUGAUGAAAAAACUAAAAAUGUUCUGAAAUCAACCAUCACAAAUAAAACAGAAGGAAAGACAAAUGGUCAAGGGCUGUCUGUCUGGGAAUUCCUGUAUUCCAAGCACAUCACUGAGGAUAAAAGGAGAGAGCUAGUACGUCAGUAUUCCUCUGGAGAAAUCACAAUGGAGCAUCUUAUAAAGAUCAUAGUCACAAUUACAGAGGAGAAGACUUCCAGUCAAAAUACAGCAUUUACACAGACAAAUGGUACCACAAGCUUCCAUGGUAUCAGGAAAGACGUGAGUGCUGAAGAGUUGCUUCAAUCUAAAAUCAUUGAUCAGAAACAGUAUGAAGAUCUCAGGACUGGACAAGAUACGAUCCAACGUGUCAGUCAAAUUGAGUCAGUUCAUACGUAUCUACAGGGAACAAACAGCAUUGCAGGUGUAUUUCUGCAGUCCAGCAAGCAGGUCCUGAGCAUCUGUGAAGCAAAACGUAAAGGUCUCCUGACUCCAGGGACUGCUCUUGUGUUGCUGGAGGCACAGGCUGCCACUGGGUUUAUGAUUGACCCAGUGAAGAACAGGAAGCUGUCUGUGGAAGAGGCAGUGACCAGCGGUGUGGUUGGUGCCGAUUUGAAGCAGAAACUUCUGACGGCGGAAAAGGCGGUCACAGGUUACACUGACCCCAACACAGGUGACACCAUCUCCUUGUUCCAGGCCUUACAGAAGGAGCUAAUUGUAAAGGAUCAUGGCAUUCGCCUUCUGGAAGCACAGAUUGCCACAGGAGGAAUCAUUGAUCCGGUAUACAGCCAUCGUGUGCCUGUGGAAGUUGCCUACCAGCGAGGAUACUUUGAUGAGAAAAUGAAUCAGAUUCUCUUAGAUCCCAGCGAUGACACCAAAGGCUUCUUUGACCCCAACACUCAGGAGAACCUUACCUACUUGAAACUUGUGGAGAGAUGUGUGACAGACCCUGCAACUGGUCUUAGUUUACUGGUUAUUGCCCAAAAAGGAGAAGACUACUUAUUUUCUGAUGAAAAAACAAAACAUGUUCUGAAAUUAACCAUUGCAAUUAAAACAGAAGGAAAGACAAAUGGUCAAGGGCUGUCUGCCUGGGAACUCCUGUAUUCCAAGCACAUCACUGAGGAAAAAAGGAGGGAGCUAGUACGUCUGUCUUCCUCUGGAGAAAUCACAAUGGAGCAGCUUAUGAAGAUCAUAGUCACAAUUACAGAGGAUAAGACUUCCAGUCAAAAUACAGCAUUUAUGCAGACAAAUGGUACCACAAGCUUCCAUGGUAUCAGGAAAGACGUGAGUGCUGAAGAGUUGCUUGAGUCUAAAAUCAUUGAUCAGAAACAGUAUGAAGAUAUCAUGAAUAGAAAAGAUACAAUCCAACGAGUCAGUGAAAUUGAGUCAGUUCAUACAUACCUACAGGGAACAAAUAGCAUUGCAGGUGUAUUUCUGCAGUCCAGCAAGCAGGUCCUGAGCAUCUGUGAAGCAAAACGUAAAGGUCUCCUGACUCCAGGGACUGCUCUUGUGUUGCUGGAGGCACAGGCUGCCACUGGGUUUAUGAUCGACCCAGUACAGAACAGGAAGCUGUCUGUGGAAGAGGCAGUGACCAGCGGUGUGGUUGGUGCGGAGUUGAAGCAGAAACUGCUGUCGGCGGAAAAUGCAGUCACAGGUUACACUGACCCCAAAACAGGUGACAUCAUCUCCUUGUUCCAGGCCUUACAGAAGGAGCUAAUUGUAAAGGAUCAUGGCAUUCGCCUUCUGGAAGCACAGAUUGCCACAGGAGGAAUCAUUGAUCCGGUAUUCAGCCAUCGCGUGCCUGUGGAAGUUGCCUACCAGCGAGGAUACUUUGAUGAGAAAAUGAAUCAGAUUCUCUUAGAUCCCAGCGAUGACACCAAAGGCUUCUUUGACCCCAACACUCAGGAGAACCUUACCUACUUGCAACUUGUGGAGAGAUGUGUGACAGACCCUGUAACUGGUCUUAGUUUACUGGUUAUUGCCCAAAAAGGAGAAGACUACUUCUUUUUUGAUGAAAAAACAAAAAAUGUUCUGAAAUCAACCAUCACAAAUAAAACAGAAGGAAAGACAAAUGGUCAAGGGCUGUCUGUCUGGGAAUUCCUGUAUUCCAAGCACAUCACUGAGGAUAAAAGGAGAGAGCUAGUACGUCAGUAUUCCUCUGGAGAAAUCACAAUGGAGCAUCUUAUAAAGAUCAUAGUCACAAUUACAGAGGAGAAGACUUCCAGUCAAAAUACAGCAUUUACACAGACAAAUGGUACCACAAGCUUCCAUGGUAUCAGGAAAGACGUGAGUGCUGAAGAGUUGCUUCAAUCUAAAAUCAUUGAUCAGAAACAGUAUGAAGAUCUCAGGACUGGAAAAGUUACAAUCCAAAUUUUAAGUGAAAUUGAGUCAGUUCAUACAUACCUACAGGGAACAAACAGCAUUGCAGGUGUAUUUCUGCAGUCCAGCAAACAGGUCCUGAGCAUCUGUGAAGCAAAACGUAAAGGUCUCCUGACUCCAGGGACUGCUCUUGUGUUGCUGGAGGCACAGGCUGCCACUGGGUUUAUGAUUGACCCAGUGAAGAACAGGAAGCUGUCUGUGGAAGAGGCAGUGACCAGCGGUGUGGUUGGUGCGGAGUGGAAACAGAAACUGCUGUCGGCAGAAAGGGCGGUCACAGGGUACACUGACCCCAACACAGAUGACACCAUCUCCUUGUUCCAGGCCUUGCAGAAAGAGCUAAUUGUAAAGGAUCAUGGCAUUCGCCUUCUGGAAGCACAGAUUGCCACAGGAGGAAUCAUUGAUCCGGUAUUCAGCCAUCGCGUGCCUGUGGAAGUUGCCUACCAGCGAGGAUACUUUGAUGAGAAAAUGAAUCAGAUUCUCUUAGAUCCCAGCGAUGACACCAAAGGCUUCUUUGACCCCAACACUCAGGAGAACCUUACCUACUUGCAACUUGUGGAGAGAUGUGUUUCUGACCCCGUAACUGGUCUUAUUUUACUGGUUAUUGUCCAAAAAGGAGAAGACUACUUCUUUUUUGAUGAAAAAACAAAAAAUGUUCUGAAAUCAACCAUCACAAAUAAAACAGAAGGAAAGACCAAUGGUCAAGGGCUGUCUGUCUGGGAACUCCUGUAUUCCAAGCACAUCACUGAGGAAAAAAGGAGGGAGCUAGUAUGUCUGUAUUCCUCUGGAGAAAUCACAAUGGAGCAUCUUAUGAAGAUCAUAGUCACAAUUUCAGAGGAGAAGACUUCCUAUACAACUACAGCAAUUACAUACACAAAGGGUACCUCAAACUUCCAUGGUAUCAGGAAAGACGUGAGUGCUGAAGAGUUGCUUAAAUCUAAAAUCAUUGAUCAGAAACAGUAUGAAGAUCUCAGGACUGGAAGAGUUACAAUCCAAAUUUUAAGUGAAAUUGAGUCAGUUCAUACAUACCUACAGGGAACAAACAGCAUUGCAGGUGUAUUUCUGCAGUCCAGCAAGCAGGUCCUGAGCAUCAGUGAAGCAAAACGUAAAGGUCUCCUGACUCCAGGGACUGCUCUUGUGUUGCUGGAGGCACAGGCUGCCACUGGGUUUAUGAUUGACCCAGUAAAGAACAGGAAGCUGUCUGUGGAAGAGGCAGUAACCAGCGGUGUGGUUGGUGCGGAGUGGAAACAGAAACUUCUGUCGGCAGAAAGGGCGGUCACAGGGUACACUGACCCCGAAACAGGUGACACCCUCUCCUUGUUCCAGGCCUUACAGAAGGAGCUAAUUGUAAAGGAUCAUGGCAUUCGCCUUCUGGAAGCACAAAUUGCCACAGGAGGCAUCAUUGAUCCGGUACACAGCCAUCGCGUACCUGUGGAAGUUGCCUACCAGCGAGGAUACUUUAAUGAGAAGAUGAAUCAGAUUCUCUUAGAUCCCAGCGAUGACACCAAAGGCUUCUUUGAUCCCAAUACUCAGGAGAACCUUACCUACCUGCAACUUGUGGAGAGAUGUGUGAUCGACCCUGAAACUGGUUUUUGCUUGCUUUUGCUCAAUCCAUAACUUUUAAAAUAUUAUAUAUUGCAUGUCAGUUUAAUAUCCCGCAGUAGUUCUGGAGCUGUCCCGUAUCUACCACUGUCAACAAAAAGAGUGAUCAAUGAGCAAAAUUCUGUUCCAAUUCACUCAAAAUUCCUUUCAUCACUGUGUAACUAAAUGUAUGGCUGAAGGCAAUACAACAUAUUCAAAUCCUAAAUUAACCUCCAGCUCAGAUAUAGUGGUCCAGUAUAUUGUCUGGUGAAAUAUAGAAAACAGAAUCCUCAGAAUUACCAAAAGGAAGCAUUACUUCUUGGGGUGCUAUUACGAUGACAAUUUCCUUAGCAAAGUAUUCCGGCAACUGUAUAUCUCUUUAAUUUUUCACCUUUUUAGAGACUGUUGUUGUGACUCACUUUGAGCUGAGUCUGAUGAAUUCCUCCAUCAUCCUUACUAGCCUCCGUGUGAAUAUUUUGCACCCUGGAGGUGGCAGUCAUGCACAAAUAGAUAUGCUGCAUGGACGGCAGCAUUCUCCUCUCAAGAAAAACAUUUGGACAUGGCUUGUUAUUACAAAGGAUUAUGCCCUGCAAUUUGAAUAUCUGAAUCAUGAACAUAAUGUCUACCCUUCAUGUCUGUGCCUGAUCAGUGAUGUCUGCAUUAUGCUAUUUCACUGUAAAAUUCACAUUAAUCCCAGUUUAAGAGUCGAAUGAAUUUAUCACAGCUCAAAAAAACAGUAAUUGCAUGUCUUCAUGUUCUUCACAUUGGGUGGUUUUUUAUCAUGAUUUUUCAUUUAUUAUGUUUUCUUUCAAGUUUUUAAGUGGGAAGAGGUUUGCUUGUAGAUUUCUGUCUUCAGUGAGAAUCGGUGAUAUCUCUCCAUGCUUCUCUGGUAUUAAUAGGGAUCUACUGUACAAGGCUAUAACCUGAAGUCCAUAAGUUGUAUUGGCUACAUGUACUUCACAUGUAGCACAGUUUCUCUAUACAUUGAAAUGUGCCCUUUCCAAUCUACCUAUGGUGGCACUCCACUGAAGAUACAAAUGCUAAACAUUAUAACACCUAGUCUAUGCUGUAACGCUUCACAAAUGUUUCAUAUUUUCCCCUGCUGUCAGUGCUAAUGUAUUAGCCAAUGGCUCUUUGUAAUUGUUUUACUGAGCUGUUUUCCACUUGAGGGACAAUAAAUGGUAAAUGGUU